AUGUCCGAGCCGCGCUCAGGGCCGGUCUCGCUGGCGCGAUACCGUCCCAUUCUGUACCUCUUCACGGGGGUCACAGCUGCCUACGCGCUCCUCUACAUACACAACAAUUUCGUUUCGCCGCAGUCCUCCCAAAGCUCCCUUCGACGACGGGGCGCAGUGCGCCGCACGAGACGAGGCGAGGCCGAAGAGCUUGGACUCACGAACACCCCCUCCUACCGAGCCAUCACCCACCUGGAGCAGCUGGAGCGUCAAAAUGGAGUAUAUGGGACAUUUCGAAUUGAGACGGAAGAUGGCCGGCGUGUAGAGAGCGGUCUUCUUCCCUCGCUACUCGCGACCCGCGACCAGUUGAUGGAGGAAGUCGGCGUCCCUCCGGCCCAUGCGGAGCGCAUGCGCGAGAUGAUGGAGGACACGUUUCUUGAAUCUUUCCUCGCGCUCGAUUUUCCCGCGUCCCAUACUCUUCCAGGAAAUAGCCCUGAAACGGCUUACUUGACGGAACAGCUUCAGCGACGAGGCAUUUCUCGGGCCGGCAUCGAAAGGGCACUUGUUCGUUUCAAUGGAGACGAGAACUACGGGGAAGAUUUGCGUCGGCGACGUCAGAAUGGUGAACGCGUCACUCUCUCCACCUCAACUUUCCCAGAAGUUUCUGCGCCACCGCCAGUUGCCGACGGUGGGGAAACGGUGGUGGAUGAUCAGAGCGUCUUCUCUUGGCGCGAUGGAAAUAAUGAAUCAUCGCCCACGCGGGAAGGCCAGAAUUUGCUCAACCUACUCUAUCAUAUUGCGGAAGAUCAAGCACGGAGAGAUGGAUACAUCCACCGCGGGGUUACGUGCAACAGCUGCGGCGCCAUGCCCAUCCAGGGUAUCCGGUACCGAUGUGCGAACUGUAUCGAUUACGACCUCUGCGAGACAUGUGAGGCGAUGCAAGUACACAUCAAAACCCAUCUCUUCUAUAAAGUGCGCAUCCCAGCCCCGUUCUUAGGAAAUCCCCGCCAAUCCCAGCCUGUGUGGUACCCCGGGAAACCCUCGAUGCUCCCUCGCAGUCUCCCACGGCCCCUGGCGAAGCGUCUAACAAAAGAUACCAACUUUGAAAACACGGAACUCGACGCGCUGUGGGACCAAUUCCGCUGUCUUGCAAAUUAUGAAUGGUCAGAUGACCCGAACAAGCUGUACAUGGCUAUUGAUCGCAAAACUUUUGAUCGGUGUUUUGUGCCCAACACAUCUAUCCGGCCUCCGCCUCCAAGUCUCAUCUACGACCGGAUGUUCGCCUUCUAUGACACCAAUGGGGAUAACCUGAUUGGGUUUGAAGAAUUCUUGAAGGGACUGGCCAGCCUAAACAAUAAAAGCAAUGAUGAACGACUGCGGCGUGUCUUCCGUGGUUAUGACAUUGAUGGGGACGGUUUUGUGGAGCGAAAGGACUUCCUCCGUAUUUUCAGAGCAUACUAUGCACUGAGUCGUGAGCUCACCAGGGAUAUGGUCGCCGGCAUGGAAGACGACUUUUUGGAGGGUGGAGCUCGUGAUGUGGUGCUCGGUAGCCAGCCCAUCAGCUCUGCGUUUCCAGGCAGCAUCCCUUCGGGCGAACCUUCACGCACGGGUGAGGGCAAGGGUGUCAAUCCCCACGGCGACAUGGAGCUUGUUGAUCAUGAAGGCAUCCUACGACAAGACGGUGCUGACACUGGUGACCGACACUCGGUUGUAGGCGACGCAGCUGUCAGAGGCCAAUUUGGGCGAGUGCGGCCGAUGUUCCCGUCCACGUUACGCCUUGCCCAAACUGAUUCUGAGACUCGUCGGUCUGAAACCCUGCAAACCGCUGAUGAGGAUGAAGAUGACGACGAUGAUGAGGAGGCUAGUGAAGCCAGCGGAUCUGACGAAUCUAGCUCGUCCGUCGCAGAUGGGAACUGGCCAACGGCUGAACACAUCCUUGAAGAAGACAUUAUCGAUGCUCUUGGGACCUAUAUUCCCCUUCAGGAGAUCACUGAUCCGAUUGACCGCGCCCGUAUCGCCACCUCCGUGUACCAUCGAAUGCGUGACGAUGACCGGAGACGGGCUGAUGAAACUCGUCGGAAUGGAAUCGACGAGCGCUGGAGACGCAGAGCGUUCUACACAGACGAAGAAGACGGCGCCACUGUCCCGGAGGGCUAUCAAAGGGACCCGGCCUUUGAUGAUCUCAGCGAUGAGGAGGCUCUAGAAGAGCCUGCGGCUCUUGAAUCACACCCACCUUCACCUCGCUCGCGAUCCUCAUCUAAAGUGCGAUUCCAGGAUGAUCUCACUGACGACUAUGACGUGCGGUCCAAUCCAUCCACGUCAUCCAGAAGCAUACCCGUUGGCGAAAGAUGGGGUGGCUUCGAGAUCCCCGAGGUCGAAAAGGAUGUGGGCAAGGAGAUCUUGUACCAAGUUACCCAGCAGGGCUUUAAUGAGCUCCUCGAUAUUCUAUUCAAACCAAAGGAGGAUCUGCUCAUGGAAGCUUUCCGAACGCGAGCAGACCGCAAGCUCUGGGCCCGUGAGAUCGAACUCGUGGAACAAGCGGGACCCCAGAAAUGGCCUGCAAAUGAAACCGCGCCAGUUACACCCGCAAGUAAUGAGGAAGAGCUGCAAGAAAUCACCAAGGAAAGGUCCCUUGAUGACCUGCUGCACCGUUCCGGGUAUGCAGUGCGAAGCCCAACUCUGGAGCCAGGGAGUACAGGACCUGUUUUAGCUCCCCCGUCGCCCGAAGCCGUGACAUCAGACGAUGAUGUCCGUCCAACGCAUCUCGUUGACCCCGAAAAUGACGACGAAAUUGGACAAAGACGACCCUUCGAAGAUUCCGACACUGCUUCGACCAUCAGCUCAUCUGACCCAGAUGACCAAGUUCCUGUUUCCCACAGCGCGUACUCGCAGGCGUCUUCCGACGCCGAGCCUGACACCAGUAUAUCGUGUGUGGACGAGACCCCCACCUACGACCCUACCUUGCCUCAGCAUCGUCCCAACGACGAGACACCCCCUGGCCCCCGCUUAUCUUUCCGUGAUGCACCCUCUGUGAUCGGGGCACCAGCACCAGCGGAGGAUCUCACCGGCACUAACCCUGACCUCCCUGCUCAAUUGCGUCUCCACCCCAACGGCACUACCUCUCUCCACUCCUCCUCCCCCGAAGCCGAAUACACCGCCCCGAAACUUCCUCCCUCUCCCAUGCAGCCGCUUCCGCCGCCCUCUAUUUCCGCCAGUCCGGCCGAGCCCACUACCCCACGUCGACCUUCAUCCCGGACUCUUGACCGAUGGGCAUACCUGACCCAGGUAGAGCGUGAGGCCAGGGAGCGCGGUGGCAGUGGAGCGAGACUGAGCUUUGAGGAGUUCUCGCGCCGCAUGGCAGCUGACCGUGGUCGGCAACUGGCGUUUGUAGCCAGCUGGAUUGAAAUGGCGAGCUUUUGA